AUGUCAUCUCAAACCCGAGUCAAUGUCGUUUUCGGCGCCAUGACAUUCGGCGCGGCGGGUCAAGAACAAGCGCGAGUGCACGAUCUGCAGGACCAGCAAGCCAUUCUCGACGUCUUCGCAAAGCACGGACACAAGGAGGUGGACACUGCGCGCGUGUAUGGCAACGGCACCAGCGAGGAGAACCUGGGUCGAUUGAAGGCUUCUUCCCAUUUUCAAAUCGCUACAAAAAACUUUCCUUCCAGACGUCGACCCUUGCACAAGGAUGGCGCAGCUUAUGACCACACGGCGCCAGAGGUGUGAGCGCAGCAGUCGCGGAGCAGCAAGUCAAAGUUGUGCCAGCGGGGCAGUCACGUGAAUGCUGACAGGCCAUACCUCUCCUCUGACACCCCACCCAUUUGAUUCAGCCAUCGUUGCCUGGCAGACUCGCUCAAAGCUCUUCAAACAGAUAGUGUCGACCUAUACUACCUGCACAGUCCAGACCGCGAUGUACCCUUUGCCGAGACGCUAGGUGCGUUGAACGAAGAGUACAAAGCGGGCAAAUUCAAAAGGCUCGGCAUCUCCAACUACACUGCGCAAGAGGUCGAGGAGAUCAUUGCCAUUUGCGAAAAGAAUGGGUUCGUCAAGCCCAGCGUGUACCAGGUGAGUGAUGGGCCUCGCAUGUGUACCCUUGCUGACGUGUGAAGAACGCUUCAAACUGACUCUCUAUUUGUAUUCGUAGGGCAUUUACAACUCUGUUGUUCGUUCGCCAGAGCAGCCGCUAUUCCCUGUUUUGCGAAAGCAUGGUAUUGCCUGUGAGUAGAUCGUGGCAGCUACCAACGCACAAUUUGAUUGUGACAAGCAUGAGCGCCCAUCGCUUUGAUGUUGUACAGUCUACGCUUUCAAUCCACUGGGCGGUGGCCUCUACACUGGAAACCUGAAGUGGGAGGACAGCGAUGACAAAGAGAGUCAGGAGCACAAGAUCGAAAAGGGGUCUCGCUUCGAUGCCAACACCAAGCAGGGAGAGAUGUACCGGAAGCGAUACUUCAAGAAGCCCUUCUUUGAUGCGUUGGAAGUUCUGCGACCCGCCGCGGACAAGCACAACUUUUCCUUGGCCGAGGUGGCCCUGCGCUGGAUGCAGCAUCACUCCAAGCUGACGCCCGACCAUGGAGACGCAAUGUGAGUCCAGAUCGAUGCUGAUGUUCGUCCUUCAGACGCAGGGACCCGUGCUGACCUGGCUUGUCGCUCGCUCGACAUGCACCUCCAGCAUCAUCGGCGCGUCCAGCUUGAAGCACAUCGAGCAGAAUCUGCUCGACUUUGAGAAGGGUCCUCUUCCUCAAGAUGUGCUGGACGCCGUAGAAAAGGCAAACCAGCUCGUGUCUGAAGUUACUCCUCCAUACCACCACUAA